CAAGUACCGCCACCUCCGCGAAGCGCAUGAGCGAGACGCGCCCCACGAGACGAGAAGCCCAGCAAGAGCCGGCAGGGGCCGGCCGCCACCCAAAGUGACACGGAGGAAGGGGGCCCCAAGCAAGCGAGUGUGGAUCGUCGCUCCUCCUACGGGCAUUCUGUUGGUGUAGAAAUUAUAGCUGUUGGAAGGUGGAUUGAACACGUGGAUCUGUAGGUAGUGAGCAAGAAACAUACCAUGCCCGUCCUAUCUGAAGAUUCAGGUUUGCAUGAGACGCUUGCCCUCCUGACCUCACAGCUGAGGCCUGACUCCAAUCAUAAGGAGGAGAUGGUAUUCCUGAGAGACAUUUUUAGUGAGAGAAGCCUCAGCUGCUUAAUGAAAAUUCAUGAAAAAUUGUGCCAUUAUGAACAACACAGUCCGGUCCCAGUACUGCAUAGUGCCUCUGCUCUCGCUGAAGAUGUUCAAGUUCCACCAGGCCCAAGGUUGACUCAGCUUUCCAUCCUUUAUAAGGUGAUGGAAGAAUUGCAGACUGCGCCGAUGAAUAAUGAUGAAAAGGAACUGCUUCAGCUGCUCUCAACUCCUCAUCUCAGGGCGAUGCUUGUUGUGCAUGAUACUGUUGCUCAGAAGAAUUUUGACCCUGUUCUUCCUCCAUUGUUGGAUAAUAUUGAUGAUGAUUUUGAUGAAGAAUCAGUGAAAAUAGUUCGUCUAGUAAAGAAUAAAGAACCUUUGGGUGCAACAAUCAGGCGGGAUGAGCAGACAGGGGCUGUGAUUGUUGCCCGCAUCAUGAGGGGAGGGGCAGCUGAUCGCAGUGGUCUUGUCCAUGUUGGAGAUGAAUUGCGGGAAGUUAAUGGAAUUGCUGUACUUCACAAACGACCGGAAGAAAUUAGCCAGAUUCUGGCUCAAUCCCAGGGAUCAAUAACACUAAAAAUUAUUCCAGGCAUCAAAGAAGAAGAUCGUCUGAAGGAUAGCAAAGUAUUCAUGAGAGCACUCUUCUCCUACAAUCCAAAAGAGGAUAAAGCUAUCCCAUGUCAGGAGGCAGGGCUACCUUUUCAGAGAAGGCACAUCUUGGAAGUGGUUAGUCAAGAUGACCCAACAUGGUGGCAGGCCAAACGUGUGGGUGACACAAACCUUCGGGCUGGUCUGAUUCCUUCUAAGCAGUUCCAAGAAAGGCGCUUAAUGUAUAGAAGGACCAUCGGUGCAUUGCACAAUUCCAGAAGUGUUACAAAGCCAUACUACUGUGACUGUGAGGGUUACUUCAAUGGACAAUACAUAGCUGGCUUGCGACGAAGUUUCCGACUGAGCCGAAAGGAGAAGCAGAGUGAUCCAAAUGAAGCCAAACAAACUGAACAAAGCUCCAUUCCAGAAUUUCUCACAUAUGAGGAAGUCAUCAAAUACCAGCAGCAGCCUGGUGAAAGGAAGAGACUGGUGGUUUUAAUUGGUUCUUUGGGGUCUCGGUUAAAUGAACUCAAGCAGAAAGUAGUGGCAGAAAAUCCACAAGAAUAUGGAGUUGCUGUGCCACAUACCACAAGGACCAAGAAGAGUCAUGAAAAGGAGGGCGUGGAAUACAACUUUGUUUCAAAACAAUCAUUUGAGAUUGAUAUACAGCACAACAAGUUUGUAGAACAUGGAGAAUAUAAGGAAAAUCUUUAUGGGACAAGCCUGGAGGCGAUACAGUCUGUCAUGUCUAAAAAUAAAGUUUGCCUUGUGGAUGUUGUGCCUGAGGCAGUGAAGCACUUAAGGACAGCUGAAUUCAAGCCCCAUGUGGUCUUUGUAAAGCCUCUUGUCUCUGAAAAGAAAAAGAACACACCAGCCACUCUGCUGACAGAGGACAUCUUUGUCCCACUUGAUGAGGAGCAGCAAGAGAUGGUGAACUCAGCAGCCUUCAUUGAGGAGCAAUAUGGCCACUUAAUUGAUAGUGUUCUGGUGAAGGAAGAUCUCCAGAGUGCCUGCAGCCAAUUGAAAACCAUAUUGGAGAAACUGAACACAGACUGCUUUUGGGUGCCUGUCUCUUGGGUUAAGUUGUAGUCAGCCAUGUUAUGCCAAAAAUGAUGGUUUAUUCCUGUUUGAUAAUAAUAAUUUGUAAAUAGAAUGGAUGGUUAAAAAGGGAAAAUGCAGCAGCAGCAGCCAGCUUAUUUGAAAAGCUGGAAAGAGAAUCUGUCUGCAACUAAAACCAUAUUCUGAUUAAUCGCUUCCUCUACAAGAAUGGAAUGAAAAAUUGCACGAUACAAUCCAGGGUAUGUGUGAGUCCUUUUAGACAGCAGUUCUAAAGACUGAGAUUCAAACUGUGGUCAUCUUGACAAAGAUUAAAUAGCUGGGAAACAUUACAGAGCAAAAUAUGCCAACUCUGAAACUUCCACAAUCAAUAAUAAAUAAGAGAGUCCUUCAAUUAAGGGUUAUAAUAUCAGAUAAUACAAUAAUAAACCUUCCCCACUCCUCCUGUUGGUUGGCCAAGCAGAAUCAAAAGAGCAAUUAGAAGUGACAGUUGAUACUUUACUAGAAGAUUAGUCUUCCUAGCCACCUGCAAAGGCUUUUAUAAUUUUGUGUGAAAAUUAGCUAUGCUGUAUAUUCUCUCUACAUAACUAUAUUUUGAGACAUCAAUGACUGGGAUUUUCUCCUGGGAUUAUCUUAAUAAACUGCCUAAGUAAUGUGUUAAAUUAUGAAGUUAAGGCAUUGGAAAGUGUCUCAGUUCUAAUCAAAGGACCACAAAUUCCUCACGAGAAAAGCUGAAGAAGCAUUUCUCCUCUAUUUCUACACUGUUAUGGGUGUAAAUGCUGAGGUAUCUGUUUUGUAGGCCAACCAGUUACCCAUUUUAGGUCAGCUUUAACUUAGGCAAGUGGUCCGAAUUUUUAAAAGUGCAAAGGAUAUUUGACCUGAGCUCAACCUUGCAGAAUGAUAGCUGAAGAUCUUUGGGAAUCAGGAGUAUCCAAUGUCCAAGCCUGUCCAUGACUAGCAUAAUACUGGAUUUGCUGUGCAAACAUAAAAUUGGAUGCAGAGUUCAGCAUCCAGAAAUUCACUUUAAAGGCCAAGCAAAAUUUCAGUUCUUCCAAUGAUUGAAAAGUUUUUGUUUGCUUUUCUGGACUUGGUAAACAUCUGAAGUGGAACAUCUUUCAAUUCUAAGAAUUGAAGUGAAGGAACAUCAGAACUCUGAAGCACCACAGCUAGCCUUUUCCAGACUCCAUAUUCAGUAUGAUUGGGACAUCAUAAACACAUACAAGUCAUCUACCAUGCUUUGCUUUAUUUAAUUCUUCUUGUAGAAUGAUAAUUUUUUGCAGAUAAUGUUGUUUUAGUGAUUAAAAGGGAGGGCUAGUUCUUGUGAGAAAGGGCUUGACUUUUCUGUAUUUUUCUUUUGUUCUCUGUACUGGUUUUUCUGUUCCACUAUGGUUUUUUUGUGCAUGUCUUUGUAAAAAAAAUAUUUCCCAUUGGAAAAAAUAAUCAUCAAUCUUCCUAGAACUCUUCUAUCACUUAACCACAGCAUUUAUCACCAGUCUUUUGAAGCAGAAAUUAUUGAUCUACUUAUUUAAUUCUGUAGUUUUAAAAUUGUAAAGAAAGUUAGGGCUUUGUUUUAAAAAAAUUAUCAUUGAUAUUGACUGAUAAUGGGUCAUCAAGUUGGUGUCAGUUCUUAGCAACCAUAUAGAUAAUUUCUCCAGAUGAAUCUGUUCCCAGGAUACUGUAGUUCUUCAGAUCUUCCAAUGGUGUAAUGUAAUCCAUCUCUGCAGUACCUGAAUCCAUCUCCUUGUUGCUGGUCAUUGUCUUUCUUUUCAUCGUUCUCAACAUUACAGCUUCUCCAAGAGCCAGAUGUCUUCAUAUGUCCAAAGUAGCAUAAUUUGAGCUUGGUCAUUUGUGCUUUGAGUGAUUUAAGAUUGAUAUUAUUACGUCAGGGGUGUCAAACUCGUGUCGUCAUAUUGUCACGUGAUGUAUCGUGGCUUUCCCCCCCUUCGCUAAAAUGGGAGUGGGCAUGGCCAGCGCAUGAGGUAUCCAGCCUACGGGCCACGAGUUUGACACCCAUGUACUAGGUGAACAUCUCUAGAAAACAGCUGGCUCACCAUUAUUAAUCUUUCUGUGAAUGAAACAAGGUUCUAGGAUACACUGUCAAUUGAUGUGAAAGGCUGGUAGAGUCUGAGAGAUCUAGCUAGCACCUGACAAAAGGUGAAGGUAUAUGUUCACUUUAUAUAUUGUAUGUAUGUGGUAUAAUAUGGUAAUUGCAUUUAUCCUUUACAAGUGUGGGAGAGAGACAUAUAGCUUGGAAUGCAAGGAAUUCCCCCCUCCCCUCCCAAUUUCUCUCUGAACCUCUCAUGCCUAAAAUAAAAUUUCCCCUUUGGUAUCAAAUACAUAGUUUGGUUCAUAGAAUGUGUCAACAAGCUGGUAGGAAUUGUGUAAUAAGAAUUCAAGUUUCCUAAAAAUGUUAGUCUUUUGCAAGAAAAAAAUAAUAGCUAAAAGGCUAACCAGUUCAUUAUUGCAUAUGAUUUAUGUAUGCAAUAGGUAUUCCCUAGUGUCCUUCAGAAGACAAAUUGGUGCAGAAGAUGCUCCUUGAAGAGAAAAAAAAAAUGUUCAAUCUUUGAUAUCAAACCACCACAACCCAUUUUGCAAAUUGGGUGUGUGGGAGGAUGGGUGCCAGUAGCAAGGCAGAAUAAUUCUUUUUAACUGUGCAUGAAUGCAGCUAGAAUAAUCAAAACUCUUUUUAACAGUGUGUGCAACUAGAAUAUUUUUUAAAUUGUUUUUAUGCAGAAGAGCUGCUUGUAUGCUAGCAAUGCCUCUGACUGAUGAGUUGCUUCUUUAAAUAAUUCACUUUGUUGUAUCUGGGAUAAUACAAUGAAUUUAUGCAUUUGAUACAUGCAGUUUUUCAGAGAAAUUUUUAGGAUGAGAACUGCUUGCUUUAAUUUACCUGCACUCCCUUGAUAUCUCAU